GUAAAAUAUUUUAUGUCCGUCGCUUUGGUUUCGUCUGCUAACCAAGUUCUACUCUACUCCAUUUCAACAUGUCUGGACGCGGCAAAGGUGGUGGCAAGGUCAAGGGAAAGUCAAAGACCCGUUCCAACAGGGCUGGACUCCAGUUCCCCGUCGGACGUAUCCACCGUCUAUUGAGGAAGGGAAACUACGCUGAGCGAGUAGGUGCCGGUGCUCCGGUUUACCUGGCCGCCGUCAUGGAGUACUUGGCCGCUGAAGUUCUUGAGUUGGCCGGUAACGCCGCUCGUGACAACAAGAAGACGAGGAUCAUUCCCCGUCACCUCCAGCUGGCCAUCCGCAACGACGAGGAGCUCAACAAAUUGCUCUCCGGUGUCACCAUUGCUCAGGGUGGUGUUCUGCCCAACAUCCAAGCUGUUCUUCUUCCCAAGAAGACCGAGAAGAGCUCUUAAAUAUUAUGCCUUGACAAUUUUAACACAACAUAU